CGGGGAGGGCGGCGGGGUGGGGCGGGGCGCGGUGACAGCCGAACAGAGCCCGCCCCCGGCUCCCACCCGCGGCCGCCAGGGAACUCGCCCAGGCCCGGGUUCCGCUCCUUGCCACAGCCCGCGCUCGCGCCGCCUCGCAUCUCGGUCACCAGUUAGCCCAGAAGUUCGGAAGACAAGGACACACCCUUCCACAAUGUCCUACAGACGCGAGCUGGAGAAAUACCGUGACUUGGAUGAAGAUGAAAUCUUGGGGGCCCUCACAGAGGAGGAGCUCAGGACUCUGGAGAAUGAGCUGGAUGAGCUAGACCCUGAUAAUGCACUGCUCCCCGCAGGCCUGAGGCAGAAGGAUCAGACCACCAAGGCGCCCACAGGCCCCUUUAAAAGAGAGGAGCUUUUGGAUCACUUGGAAAAGCAAGCGAAGGAAUUUAAGGAUCGAGAAGACCUGGUUCCCUACACAGGGGAGAAACGAGGAAAGAUCUGGGUCCCCAAGCAGAAGCCCAUGGAUCCCGUGCUGGAGAGUGUGACGCUGGAGCCCGAGCUGGAGGAGGCCUUGGCAAAUGCCUCGGAUGCAGAACUGUGUGACAUUGCAGCUAUCCUGGGCAUGCACACGCUCAUGAGCAACCAGCAAUACUACCAGGCCUUGGGCAGCAGCUCCAUCGUGAACAAGGAGGGACUCAACAGUGUGAUUAAACCGACACAGUACAAACCUGUGCCCGAUGAAGAACCAAACUCAACAGAUGUGGAGGAAACGCUGGAGCGGAUAAAGAACAAUGACCCAGAACUUGAAGAAGUUAAUCUCAACAAUAUCCGGAAUAUCCCCAUACCCACCCUCAAGGCCUACGCAGAAGCCCUGAAAGAGAACACCCAUGUGAAGAAGUUCAGCAUCGUGGGGACCCGCAGCAAUGACCCUGUGGCGUUUGCGCUUGCCGACAUGCUGAAGGUGAACAAGGUAUUGAAGACACUGAACGUGGAAUCCAACUUCAUUUCUGGAGCUGGGAUCCUGCGCCUGGUGGAAGCUCUCCCACACAACACCUCUCUGGUGGAACUGAAGAUCGAUAACCAGAGCCAGCCCUUGGGCAACAAAGUGGAAAUGGAGAUCGUGAACAUGUUGGAGAAAAACACAACGCUUCUGAAAUUUGGCUACCACUUUACCCAGCAGGGGCCCCGGCUGCGGGCAUCCAACGCCAUGAUGAACAACAAUGACCUUGUGAGGAAGAGGAGGCUUGCAGACCUGACAGGACCCAUUAUUCCCAAGUGCCGUAGUGGUGUCUAGUGUGCAAAGGGAAGCCCACGCCUGUGAACUGGACAUGUUCUACCGAUAAUCCAUGUUCCCCAGUGGAGACCAGGAGGCAAACGCUGGCGUGGAACUCUUGUGGUUAAGUUCUUUGUGCACUAAAGUUUAGGUUAACUAGU